CAUCCGUCAGUCAGUUGCAGUAGUCCGAGCACAGCGACAACAACUAACGGCUCCGAGCUUCUCCGUAAGCUUCCUUCGCUAACUGUAGCUCUUUAUUUUAGUUAUCUUUGCUCAACGGUAUACUCUCGUACUUUUGGAACAAAUUCAUCAGAAAACGAUCGUGACACGGGAUUAAUAAUAUUGUGUUACACUAAGUGCGUUACAGUUUUCCGUUACCACUUUUGCGAAUAAUUUGGGUGAAUAAAUUCUUGUAUCUGCGAAACAAAAGAAUCGGAAAACGGUUUUGUGUGAACUGUAUUUAAAAUUUUGUGCAUUCUUUUCCGUUACAAGUAAUAUUAUGUGAUACUUCACGUGGUGUUCAGUGUUUGUGCAUGUUGUCUGCAAAUCCCAAGUGAUAGUUUUUUAACAACGAAAUCGUGGCUACAUUUCGCAAGCCUUGGGACAGAAAGAUUACCUACAUCGUUAGAAAUACGAGUAGCUCGUUAACAGCGAGUUAGAAUCUUGCACAUACCGCCAUCUCCCUGCCCCAGGGCUUCGAUCAAACAUUCCGUUUAGUCUGAACGCAACAAAAUGUCUGCCACGAUAGCGCAUACAGAUGGCCUCAACAGCAAUGCAAACAUUAUCUCACCAAUCAACAUGUUCUAUUUCCUGCUCGGUCCUGCCCUAUUGUUGUGGUUUUUCUACUGGCGACUCUCUCGUCGCCACAUGCUUGAGCUAGCGGAAAAGAUACCUGGACCAAAAGGACUACCACUGCUAGGCAACGCACUUGACCUGGUUGGCAGUUCGCAUUCCGUGUUCCGCACAAUUAUCGAGAAGGGCAAGGACUAUAACGAGGUGAUUAAAAUUUGGAUUGGACCGAAGCUAAUCGUCUUCCUAGUGGAUCCGCGCGAUGUAGAAUUGCUUCUCAGCAGUCAUGUCUACAUUGACAAAUCGCCCGAAUACCGCUUCUUCAAGCCCUGGCUGGGUAACGGACUACUCAUCAGCACCGGACAUAAAUGGCGGCAGCAUCGCAAGCUAAUUGCACCAACUUUCCACCUGAAUGUACUGAAGAGCUUCAUUGAUUUGUUUAACGAAAACUCCCGUCUUGUCGUCAAUAAAAUGCUCAAAGAAAACGGCAAAGCCUUCGAUUGUCAUGACUACAUGAGCGAAUGUACGGUAGAAAUUCUCUUAGAAACUGCCAUGGGUGUAUCAAAGAAGACACAGGAUCAGUCUGGUUAUGACUACGCCAUGGCGGUGAUGAAAAUGUGUGACAUUCUGCAUCUGCGUCAUCGCAAAAUGUGGCUGUACCCGGACCUAUUCUUCAACCUUACGCAAUACGCAAAAAAGCAGGUGAAAUUGCUCGAUACCAUCCAUAGUUUGACGAAGAAGGUUAUUCGCAACAAGAAGGCCGCAUUCGAUAAAGGAACGCGUGGCUCUUUGGCAACCACUUCGAUCAAUACAUCUGAGAUUGAGAAGCCCAAGAGUGAUAUCGGUAAGACCAGCACCGUAGAAGGCCUGUCCUUUGGUCAGUCUGCUAACCUGAAAGACGAUUUGGACGUCGAGGAGAAUGAUGUUGGCGAAAAGAAGCGUCUGGCUUUCCUCGAUCUUUUGCUAGAAAGUGCAGAAAAUGGUGCGCUCAUUUCGGACGAGGAGAUCAAAAAUCAGGUUGAUACGAUCAUGUUCGAAGGUCACGACACUACGGCGGCUGGAAGCAGCUUCUUCCUGUCGAUGAUGGGCGUGCAUCAACACAUCCAGGACAAAGUGAUCCAAGAAUUGGACGACAUUUUUGGCGAUUCGGACCGUCCGGCAACAUUCCAGGACACUCUAGAAAUGAAAUACCUCGAAAGGUGCCUUAUGGAGACACUGCGUAUGUAUCCUCCAGUUCCGAUCAUCGCCCGCUCCCUCAAACAAGAUCUAAAAUUGGCUUCGAGCGAUCUGGUUGUGCCAGCGGGGGCUACCAUCACUGUUGCUACCUUCAAACUACACCGAUUGGAAUCAAUUUAUCCGAACCCUGAUGUCUUUGAUCCGGACAACUUCCUACCCGAAAAGCAGGCAAAUCGCCAUUAUUACGCAUUCGUGCCAUUUUCCGCAGGUCCAAGAAGUUGUGUUGGGCGCAAGUACGCAAUGCUGAAACUAAAAAUUAUUCUCUCCACCAUUCUCCGCAACUUCCGCGUACACUCUGACCUGAAGGAGGAAGACUUCAAGUUACAGGCUGACAUAAUCUUGAAGCGGGAGGAAGGCUUCCAGAUUCGCCUUGAGCCACGUCAGCGCAAGUCAAAAGCGCUGUAAGAACAGAACACAACAAAAAAAUGUGAGCGUCAAGUUGUUUGAUACUUUAUGAAUCAUAUAUACAUUCCACUGCAUAUGUUGGUCUUAACGAUACUACUUUGGCGACAUGAUAUUUUAUCAUGCCAUCUAGUUAUCAUGCCAAAUAAUAUGAUUUUGCUCGCGCUAAGGACGAGAAUCAGUGGUUUCGUUUUUGUUUUUAUUUUAAUUUGCAAAUGGGAAUUCAUUCGGAGAAAUUAAACUUAAAUCACUUUUUAAUCAUAAAUAGAACAGUAACACUCGGAUCUUCGCAAAGUUUGGUGGUUGUUGUUGUUUUUUCUUUUUCUUUGCGAAGAUAAAACCAGACCCAGUUGUGAAAUUUGCUUUUCUGUCGAGUUAUUCGUUCGGAAAAUGCAUGAUUCUGUAGUUUUGUUCUAUUUCCAGUUUUAAGUAAGGGGAGUAAACGAUUGUUAUUCAUAUAUAGAUAUAUUCAUAUGUGUAUAGAUAUACAUACAUAAAUAUGUAUCUAAUUUAAGAAUGCAUAUAUUUGUGUAUGUAUAUAUCAUGUAUUGACAAAUAUUUGUAUGUGUGUGAUAAAACAAGAACAAUAAAAAAAACAAAUCAUAUA